GCUUCUGAUUGGCCGAAUAUCACGACGUAAACCGUGCCUUCUGCAAGUGAGUCUCGGGAACUUUGUCUUAAAAAGGCCGGCUGCUCUUGCGGGUAACAGCCCAUAAAACGCCCUUUUGUACUUGGAUGUUAGUUUGAAUAGACAGUGAUGAAGAGAAGGCCAAUCCAGAGCCGCUGGGUUGACAUCCUCCACAAGAGUUUCGUGGCAGGUUGUGUUGGCCUGACCCUUUAUGGGAUGCUGAUAGUGGGCACGCGCUCCUAUUACUACUUCACCCAGAUUAAGCCCAAGCGCCUGGAGGAGCAGCGUCUUCGCGAAGAGCAGGAGAAUGUUGAAAUGGAGGAUACAGCUCCUGCUCUCAAGCUUUAAGAGAUCUAUUUCGUACUAUUAUUACAUAUGAUUUAUCUUUUGUGAUUGAAGUUCCUGUGUCAGGAGCAUUACUAAGACUUUUUCAGUACACGUAAUAAAAAGUUAACUUUGGGCAUAUCAAUAUUUGUCAUAUUUCACUCUUUUCCAAUACUUUCUCUUUUAGAAAGGUCAUAGUAGAUUAAAAAGAGACAAAAACUGUCACAAUGAGAUCCAUGCGGCACAUAACCCAAAUUGUCUCCCGCCUCUCGGGAAUGGGUGGACUGAGCAGUCGUCUUAUAAGCCACAGUGCAAUGACUUACCAAAGUCCCAAAACCAAAGUUCCUGCUGCACUGUGGAAGUUGGGAAACCUUAACCAUGUGGCCAUUGCUACGCCAGACCUGGAAAAGAGUACAGCACUCUAUAGGGAUGUCUUAGGAGCAGAGGUUAGUGAGGUGGAGGCUCUGCCAGAACAUGGUGUGUACACUGUGUUUGUGAAGCUAGAUAACACAAAACUGGAAUUACUGCAUCCACUUGGAGAAAAUAGCCCUAUUCAAAAUUUCCUAGACAAAAACAAGAACGGAGGAAUGCACCACAUCUGCAUCGAGGUGAAUGACAUCAAAUCUGCCAUGGCUGACCUACAGGCACAGAAAAUUCGCUGCCUUAGCAAGGAGCCUAAGAUCGGAGCCCAUGGGAAGCCUGUAGUUUUCCUGCACCCCAAGGAUUGUGCAGGAGUGUUGGUAGAACUUGAAGAAGCAUAGUUCAAAAGAAGGAAGCAUACUAGAGGGACCUUGGCACAUAAUAUUUUGUUGUUGCGUAAAGUAGCAGGGUAGAGUUUGUAAGCCUUGAUUAAUAUUGACAAAGUAUUCUGGGUGUGAUGGAAGUGUAUUUUAUACCUUCCAGACUAACAUGUAUUUAGUUACUUGUAAGUAAAUUCUUAUUUAAUUAGGACUUCCCUGCAGCAUCUGGAUAUUUUUGUUAGUCAUAGAAUACAUUGAUGUAAAUAAAUAUCUUCAUUGUA